GCCAACGAACUCGUUUCUUUCGUCAGCUCAUAACCUCCCCUCCUUCACUCUAUCCUCAAUCAACAGAAAACACACACACACACACACACACACACACUCACUCACACUCAGCACUCCACACUUUCACUCUCUAAUUUCCAACAAUGGAAUUGAGCUUAAAACCUCAAUCCAUCUCUUUAAUCACAUGCAAUCCAAUGUUGUUGCCUCUCUCUCCUCGCAGCGUUCGAUCGCAGAAUAGUGAAUUUCUCAGCUUGGGCCACAAUCUCCGGCCGCCGGGGAGCCUUCGUUCCCGAAGAAAAUGUAGGAGUCAACGUUUUAAAUUUCAUACUCAUGCUCAUAAAUUUCGGUUCAGGGCGUCGCUCGAGGCGCAGCCGAUUCUCGUGGCCUCGGCUGUCGUCGUAUCCGUCUCUGCCAUCACUUUAGUCUACCUCAAUUAUAGUAUAAAACAGAUAAAUAUCAAGCAGGUGUCAAGGCAUCUGACUGUUGCAUUAUCCCAACAAAUAAGCAAUAGGAUGAAAUGGGGUGUUGGGCUUUGGGGAUCAAACCGUGAUGAUGUAGACAAGGAGGCACCUGCUGAUGAGAGGAAAGAUUCAAUGAAAGAUCUAAGAGAAAUCAGCCAAGAUUACACGAAAACAGUGUCUGAGAUGCCAUCUGGUGAAACUUAUAAAUAUUCAGGAGGAACACUCAUCAUGGAUACAUUUGAUUCUCACUCUAACAUGGUUGCUUCAAGUGGCGGUGAAUUUUCGUCCUUCAAGAAAUUGGAAGAUACAGAUAUCUCUUCUGCACAUUCUGCGUUGUCUGAUGGGCAUUUGGAUGCACGUGGACGGCAAAAUGUAGUUGCUGCUGAAUUGUCGAUGCCAAAUGUAGUUGCUGCUGAAUUGUCAAUGCCAGUGGUUGAAACAGAGCCCACCAUUGCUGCUUCUAAAGCAAAUAAUCUACAGGUAGAAGUGAAUAAACUUGAAAGAACAAAUUUUGAACUAUCAAAACAGUGUGACACUAGAAGCAAUGAUCUUAUUCUUGGGGAGUCUGUACGCGAAGGGCUUCAUACAUUUUAUGAGGCAUCCCUUGGAAACUCAGAUGGCCUGGAAACAUUGUCUUCUGCUGGUGCCCUACAGAAGAAAAACUUUGCGUUGCAAACAAAGAGUUUCUCUGUAAAAGAUAAAUUUGUUAGGAAAGGACCUCUUAGAUGUUUUAAGGAAGGUUCUUUCAGUGAGCAGAAAGACUCCACAGGAAGGAAAGAGGGAAAGACUGACAAGGAGACGAGAACUUCUCACCAAGAUAGCACCAAACAUUUGUCUCUAUCCUUUGAUCUCAAGGGGAACCAUGCUAACCAUAGGCACAAUUCUUUUUGGCAGUUGCGUGUUUACCAACAACUUUUGAAGGAAAACAGGUUAAGUGAUUGUAUUGAAAUGCUUGAAGAUAUGGAAAGAAAGGGUUUAUUGGAUAUGGAUAAAGUGUAUCACUCGAGAUUUUUCCAUGCCUGCAAAAGUCAAAAGGCUGUCAAUGAAGCUUUUCGUUUUACCAUGCUUAUCCCUAAUCCAACAUUGAGUACAUUCAACAUGCUUAUGUCCGUUUGUGCAAGUUCUCAAGAUUCAGAGGGAGCUUUUCAAGUUCUACAGCAUGUCCAGGAAGCUAGAUUGAAGGCUGACUGCAAACUUUACACAACUCUGAUAUCAACAUGUGCUAAAAGCGGAAAAGUUGAUACAAUGUUUAAGGUUUUUCAUGAAAUGGUCAAUGCUGGAGUGGAACCAAAUGUUAAUACAUAUGGCGCCCUGAUUGAUGGCUGUGCUAAAGCUGGGCAAGUUGCUAAGGCAUUUGGUGCUUAUGGAAUACUGAGAUCAAAGAAUGUGAAGCCAGACCGAGUUGUAUUCAAUGCGCUUAUCACUGCAUGUGGUCAGUCAGGAGCAGUGGACCGUGCAUUUGAUGUCUUGGCUGAAAUGGGGGCAGAGGCACAACCGAUAGAUCCCGAUCAUAUCACUAUUGGUGCUUUGAUGAAGGCGUGUGCAAGUGCUGGUCAGGUUGAUCGGGCACGGGAGGUCUACAAUAUGAUUCACAAAUAUAACAUCAAGGGUACUGCAGAGCUUUACACCAUUGCAGUGAACAGUUGUAGUCAAAAUGGCGAUUGGGAGUUUGCAUGCUGUGUCUACAAUGACAUGAUACAAAAAGGCGUUGCCCCUGAUGAGAUGUUUAUCAGUGCGUUGAUAGAUGUUGCUGGACAUGCUGGAAGGGCGGAUGCUGCAGUUGAAGUUCUUCAAGCUGCUAGGACUGAAGGAAUGCACGUAGGAAUCAUAACAUACAGCUCCUUGAUGGGAGCCUUUAGCAAGGCAAAAGACUGGCAAAAGGCACUGGAGUUUUAUCAGGAAAUUAAAAGCUUGAACUUGAAACCAACAGUUCCAAUGAUGAAUGCCUUAAUAACUGCCUUAUGUGAUGCAGAUAAAUUAGAGAAGGCCACUGAAGUUUUAUUGGAAAUGAAGAGCAUAGGUUUAUGCCCAAACACUGUCACAUACUCCGUCCUUCUAGUGGCAAGUGAAAAAAAGGAUGACAUAGAAGUUGGCCUCACACUCCUUUCCGAAGCAAAAAAGGAUGGCGUUGCACCUAACCUCGUUAUGUGCAGGUGUCUUAUUGCUAUGUGCUUACGAAGAUACCAAAAAGCUUGUACAUCUGGUGAGCCUGUACUACCAUUCUCCCCGCGGAGGCUACAUCUUGAUAAUACAUGGACAUCGUUGGCCUUGAUGGUCUAUAGGGAAACAAUUCUAUCUGGUGUGACACCUGCGAUGGAUGAACUAUCACAAGUUUUGGGAUGCCUACGACUUCCUCACGAUGAGUUCUUGAGAAAUAGACUCGUCGAGAAUUUUGAAUUUAGUACCGAUAAAUCGAAGGGCUCCAACCUCUAUUCACUGAUUGAUGGAUUUGGGGAGUAUGAUCCCCGUGCUAUUUCAUUACUUGAGGAGGCUGCUUCACUUGGAGUUAUACCUCUUGUAUCUUUUAAAGAUAGCCCAAUUGUUGUGGAUGUGAGGAAUUUCCAGAUACAUACAGCUGAGGUAUACCUUUUGACAGUUUUAAAGGGUCUCAAGCAUCGUCUGGCUGCUGGUGCGAAGUUGCCUAAUGUAAAUAUUUUACUUCCUGUAGAGAAGACACAGAUUCAAACUUCCACAGGGGAAAAAACCAUUAGUAUUGCUUCCAGGAUUAGCCAGGCAGUUGCAGCACUGUUGAGGAGGCUUGGACUAACAUACCAGGGAAAUGAAUCAUUUGGGAAAAUCCGAAUUAAUGGCGUUUCCAUAAAGAAGUGGUUCCAGCCGAAGCUGAAUUCUCCUUUCAGAGGGAAAGCAACAGAUUUUAACUCGUUCCAGGCACGACUGGGAAGAGGAAUAAUCCAUCAACAGCGUAAUAUCAGGACCGGCAAUUUGUCAUUGGAGUAGGAAGUUCACAUGUAUUCACAAUGUAAAUCUUUGUCAAAUCUUAUGACUCGCAGUUGGUGCGUGAGAUCCAUUAUGUCCAUCAACGACCUCAAUCGAAAAUUGACAGCAAAAAGCUCAACGGGUAAGGAAAUACUGAUGGAAUUCAAUGUGGAUGCAGUUAAUGGAGUUUUGAGACGAAUGAUAAAAGACUGACUCCAACGGGGACUUGCAUUUUAUGGUUCAAAGUUCGAACUCUUGGCUGUCAUUUUUGGCUUCUUCAGCGUCGGAUAUGGCCUUAAAAAUUGGGGAAAAAAAAAAAGAAAAAAAAAAAGGACUUUCCAUAAACUUGUGAGAGAAAAGAAGUGUUUAAUAUAUAGGAGGAAAGCUGGGGCAAGUUCCCCAGGCUUGUAAUAUACUUACCCAGAAGGAUUUAUAAUUUCUUUUUCAUUUACUUCUUAUUUUA